CACAUAUUAUCAGUGGCAGAAACGUCAGUCAUAUUAAUGCAAGCCAAUAAUACACUUUUCAGCAAAUAGCACGCGCAUUAGUCAAUACGGUUACAUGCCCAAGACACCGCCCCACCCCCAACAAAGUGACGGACAGCCAGCAAGAGCCCAUGCCUGUGCCCGCAGAGGGGAGGGAAGCGCUUGGCGACGUGGAGCGGCCACGUGGAGCAGACCAGGGGCGGGGACCUAUCCGCGGCUGCAGCAGCGGCAGGCAGGCGAGACAAAGCUGAGAAGGUCUAUUCAAGCGAGCGCAAGAGCUCACGCAGCAGGUGAGUCUGGAGCCCGUCAGGACUCUCCGAGCUCGGCAGAUUCAGAGAAGAUGUUGUACUUGUCAUUGCUGCAGUGGUUACUAGCUCUGGGUCAGGCUGCUCCCAAGGAUGGGGCUACCAGGGCUCAGGCUGAAACCAGACAUGAUCUGCAGUCUAACCCCUUUCAGUCAGGUCCAGAGCAAUUUCGUUUGCUGCAGAACUACCUAAUAGGACUGGAACAGGCCUCUGGGAAUCUAGAGCACAUGAGCCGAGAACAGGUGCUAUUAUAUCUCUUUGCACUCCACGACUUUGACGAGAGUAGUCAGCUGGAUGGAUUGGAGUUGUUGGCUAUGCUGAAAGCAGCUCUUUUUCCUGGGGCAGAGGCUUCAUCGUCUACAAAUCAGGUGAUCCAAGUAAUAGAUAAAGUGCUGGAAACUCAGGACCUGAACAGAGAUGGGCUGGUGUCACCUGCAGAGCUGCUUGUCCUUCCUGGAGAUACUUUGAGGCAUCAAGGGCCACAGGAGUCCUCUGUUGCAAUUCCUGGAGACUUAGGAUUUGUUGAUAGGUCUGCCAUGUUGGCUACAGAUCCAUUAGAACAAACUAUUAGGGAGCCAAUGAUCCCAGAGGGAGUCCUGGGCCCUGGAGGGGAAGAUGUAAGGAAGGCCAUAGAUCCUGGGAAGGAGGUUAGGAGCCCAGGGGAGGACACAGGCCCUGAAGAGGAUGGAAGGAAGGUAACAGAUUCUGAGCAGGAGGCCAGAAGCUUGGGGGAGGCCAUAGGUGGUCAGGAAGUAGAAGCGGGAUACCAAAGAGAAGCUUCAGAUAUCACAGGCCCUGGAGGGGAUGUUGGGGAAGGAGUUGAGGCUGUUGUAACUGAAGGGGAAAUCUUGGAGCCAGGAGAGAGUUUGGAGCCCAAAGAACUUCCUGACGGGUUUGAAGGUCAUGUAAUUCAGGUGGAGAAUGAUGAAAUGUGAGUCUUAGGGGAUUAGGUCACAGUUCUGGAAGUCUUAAUCCCCCAUGAAGACUUCAGAGAGCAGUGUGUGUGUGUGUGUGUGUGUGUGUGUGUGUGUGUGUAUCAGUAUGAAAACCUUUGGGUAGUCUCUACUGCUUCCCUAGGGCACUUGUCUCAGUCCACCACUGCUCACCCUUUUCUUAGUCCUAAUAUGGGGCAAUCUUUCAUUUGGCUCAUGGAGAACCCAGAAUUCAGGUUGUUGAACAACUAAUAAAUAGCCUGAAACUCAAUUGUCAUUCUAGAAAAAGCAGCUGAGUAGCAGCUAGCCCUGUACUGAAUGACCAUAAUUUUGAACUGGAUCAUCAAGAACUGAAUAGUGUUUGCCUGAUGGACACUUGGCUCCAUGUCUAGACCAGGUGAUUCAGUUCAGUACAUGGGUGAAGGGCUUUAGGGAAAAAAUGAAUGGGCAAAUGGCUCUAUGUAAUCCUUGGACCCACAGACCUGUGACCUCUUUGUAAUUUGAGACAUUUUAUACAAUAAAGUCUGAGAAUCUGA